AUGUCCGACAGGAAUAUCCGCCAGGCCGAGGGCCUCCUCAUGAAGAUUACCAACAAGGAGGACGGUCCUAUUCUCCCAGUCGAGGGCGAGAACAAUGUCCUCAUCACCUCCGCUCUCCCUUACGUCAACAACGUCCCCCACCUGGGUAACAUUAUCGGCUCGACCCUCUCGGCUGAUGUGUUCGCCCGUUACAACCGCACCCUCAACAACCCCACCCUCUACGUCUGUGGUACCGACGAGUACGGUACUGCUACCGAGACCAAGGCUCUCGAGGAGGGCAUCACGCCCCUGGAGCUCACCACCAAGUUCAACAAGCUGCACACUGAGGUUUACGAGUUCUUUGAGAUUGGCUUCGACCAGUGGGGUCGUACUUCGUGGCCCGAGCAGACUGAGGUCACCCAGGACAUUUACAGGCAUAUCCACAAGAACGGCUUCAUGCAGCUCGAGACCGCCGACCAGACCUACUGCGAGGACGACAAGCUCUUCCUUGCCGACCGCUUCGUGGAGGGUACCUGCCCCCAGUGUGGCUACGACGAUGCUCGUGGAGACCAGUGCGACAAGUGUGGUCUUACCUUCUCGUCGCCCACCGAGCUGAAGGACCCUCGCUGCAAGAGGAAUAAGAACCACAAGCUCUCGGUUCGCCCCUCGACCCACUCGUGCAUCCGUCUCAACGCUAUCCAGCCCCAGCUCGAGGAGUGGAUGCAGGCGCAGCGCGCCAAGGCCAAGUGGGGUACCAACGCCGUCAUCACCGAGAAGGGCGAGAUUGUUGAGCCCCGCAUGCGCGACGGUCUCCGUCCCUCUGCCGUCACUCGUGACCUCAAGUGGGGUGUCAAGGUCCCUUCGGUCGGCGACGCUGAGGAGGAUGCCAAGCUGGCCGACAAGGUCAUUUACGUCUGGUUCGACGCCCCGAUCGGUUACAUCUCCAUGACCAAGGCCUACACCGACAAGUGGCAGCAGUGGUGGAUGAACCCCGAGAACGUUCAGCUCUACCAGUUCAUGGGCAAGGACAAUGUCUACUUCCACACCGUUCUUUUCCCCUCGAUGCUCAUCGCCGACGGCCGUAACUGGACCAAGCUCCACAACAUCUCGAGCACCCAGUACCUCAACUACGAGGACACCAAGUUCUCCAAGUCGCGUGGUAUCGGAGUCUUUGGUAACAACGCCGCCCAGACCGGCCAGCCCGCCUCUGUCUGGCGUUACUACCUCCUCUCGCAGCGCCCUGAGACUGGCGACACCUCGUUCCAGUGGUCCAAGUUCAUUGCGGCCGUCAACAACGAGCUGCUUGCCAACCUCGGCAACUUUAUCAACCGCGCCAUCAAGUUUGUCAACGCCAAGUACGACUCGGUCGUUCCUGGCCCCGCGGGCUUCGAGGGUGGCGAGGUCAAGAUUGACGUUGCUGCCGAGACCUCGGACUACGCGAAGCUUGACGCCGAGUUUGUUGCCGACGUUAACACCAAGCUGGCCGAGUACCGCGAGUUCAUGCACCUUACCAAGCUCCGCCAGGGUCUUCAGACCGCCAUGAGCAUCUCGGCCCGUGGUAACCAGUACCUCCAGGACAGCGGUCUUGACAACGCUCUCUUCGCCAACCAGCCCGAGCGCUGCGGCCAGGUGCUCCUCAACGCUGUCAACCUCAUCUACCUCCUUUCCGCCCUCUUCCACCCCUUCAUGCCCACCGCCUCGGCCGGCAUGAUUGAGCAGCUCAACGCCCCCGCUCGCUCGCUCCCCACUGCCUUCUCGAUCGACAUCCUCCCUGGCCACAAGCUCGGCAAGGCUGCCCACCUGUUCAAGCGCAUCGACAACACCAACGGCGAGCAGGAGGCCAAGUGGCAGAAGCAGUUCGGUGGUUUCCAGGACCCCACCUCGGAGGCUGCCGCCGCCUCCAUUGCCGCUGCCAACGGUAAGGCCACCCCUCCUCCCAAGGGCGCCGCCGACCACAAGGCCAACUGGGCCCAGUCUCAGAACCAGAAGAAGAAGGCUGCUGCCGCCGCUGUCGACGCCGCCAAGUCGCCCGAGGAGCGCGAGCUUGAGACCAAGCUCGAGGCCCAGACCAAGAUUGUCAAGGAGAUUCGCCUCGGCCGCGCCGAGGGUGAUGUUGAGAAGGAGACCGCCCAGGUCAAGUCGAUCAAGUCUGAGCUCGCCGAGCUCCGCAAGAAGCUCAAGGCGGCUAAGAUCUCGGCGUAA